UCUGAAUGCCAAUUGAGAUCAUUUAAAGAUUUUGGACAGUACAUAAGGAGAGCAUUUCUUAUCCAGAGUUCUGUUGGGUGUGAGGUUGUAGUGAGAAGAGAGUCAAGUGGUCCCAGCCCAUUAGACCAAUCACAAUGCGAGCUCGGCCCUGACCACUAUAAAGCCUUCAGGGUCUUGGCACAGAGUUAAGUCCUGCUCUUAAUGCAGGACGGUCUACUUUCCUGUGCUUCUUCUCUUAACCCAAACUGGGCUUUGUUUCAUUAUUGAUGAGGAUGCGCAGUCAGGUUCAGCUGUAGGGAGAAAGGCGCGCGCUUCAGGGGAUUUCACUCAAACCGAGCCUCAUUUGGUUCAUCAUAUGGUUCUCAAUCCAGAGUUCCGAGUCCUGAGUUCCGACUUUGCCCAGUGAUGGCCAUCAACACAGAUGCGGAGUUUGAGAAGACUGAGAUGGGUGAGACUGAGACCGGCGGCGGCGGCGGCGGAGGCGCGACGGAAUUCCGAGACACCCAGAAACUUCUCGGCGUCCUCGUGAGCGACGGGAAGGACGGAGUCGGGAGCUGUUCGGACUCGCGCCGACCGAGCGUCAAGUCGCUGAAGUCUCUGAAAUCCCUGAGCGCGGAGCAGAACAGCUACAAGUCCGCAGCGACCGGAAGUGUCCAGUCUCUCCCGCGCUCUCCGGCACCGGAGCGGACCGAACCCGAGCCGAGCAGCUACAUGUGGCUCGCGCUCCUGUCCUGCUUCUGUCCCGCGGUGCCGUUCAACGUCAUCGCGCUCUACUUCUCCCAUGUGUCCCGCUCCAUGAUCCAGGCGAAUGAUUUUGAUGGCGCUCGGAGACUGGGCCGGCGUUCGCUGCUCCUCAGUAUCGUGGCCAUUGCUGUGGGUCUGACUAUAAUCCUUUAUCUGGCCAUCACAGGGAGCUGAUGUGAUGUAAUAUCGAACGUCUUUAUAUCACGGAUGAUCGAUCGGGCGUGGCGUAUCCUUCUGAGAACAUGAACAUGAAACGUCUUUGAGAGCUUAAAGGACUAGAAUAUCUUGCACUACAAUAACCAAAUACCUUAUCGUAUCUCGGGAAAUACGCGAAACAGUAUGGAGUUCUCGUGCAUGCUCUGUCUCCGUCCUCUGAGAUAGUAGACAAUGUCUUCGCGGGGCGUGUCUUACAGUGUUUAAAGGCUGUAGCCAAAGAAAGUGUCAUGAGCUGAAAUCUGCCAAUAAAGGUUGAAAAGCAGAGUAAAAAACAUGAUACAUGAUAAUUCUAUGGACUAUAAUGAUUUCUAUGAAUUCUAUGGAUUUUUUCUUAACUGAGGUAUUUGUAUUUUAAUCUGUAAUAAUUGGGGGAAAAUUAUUAUUGUUUUAACACUAUGUUCUGUGUUGUUAACUAUCGUAUACAGCUAAAUAGGUUGGCAAAUACAAAGCAAAAAAAAAAGGUAAAAAGUAUGCGUAAUUACAGUCGUUCAUUUACUGUAAUAACCUAGACAUUUUACACGAUUGCUGAAACGAUCAUUUCCUUCUUUUUUUAUUUUGGUUUUAAAAAGAAAAACCUCUGACAAGCACAGUGUUUUCGACAAUUCACUAACUGAGCCACGGAUAAGUUUUUUUUUUUUUUUUUACAUAUUUAUUAUGGAAAAAUAAGUGAUAGGAAAGUGGCUGGUCCGCAUCCUGUGCCAUUUACAUAAUGCUUCCACGUAAAAAAAAAAACAACAACAACAAAAAACAAAGAGGUCUCGAGUCCUUUGUAAAUUUGUUUCAUCAUAAUAUAUGCAAAUAAGGUGUUAGUAUUGUAUGAGGCAUUAUAUUGUAUGAAACAUGUUUGACCUUAAUGCAUUUUCAAGCACACUUCUUGCACGUCUUAUAAUAAACACGCCUGGUUAAUCAA